AAAAAAAAACAAAGACUGGCGAGGCCGCGAGACCGACCAGCGCCGGACUGAGGUACGAACAGGCUAGCUAGUCGGCACGAACGGUCGUCAGCCAGGAACAACGAGGCAGAACGAGCGAACAAGGGUAGCUUUGCUCGCAUUUGUACGCUGUGCGUGGGUGUCUAGCUAGUAGUGCAUGUAUUAGUAGUGGCAGCAGUACGUAGUACUAGUGACUUGCUUGCUUGCGUGCGUGCAAACAGUGCAUACACCGGCGGGUUGAAGCAAGAAGCAAAUAAAAGGUGCUACGACCUCUUCUGCUCCCUUACCCUUCCCCCGUCCCUUUCCACCCCUCCGCAUCCCACCUUCCCCUCCUUUCCCUUCCUCUUCCCUCCGUUUCUGUCCGCCCUUGCGUUCGGCCUCGUCCCUCCUCUGCUCUUUCUUCCCCUCCCUUGGUUUCCCCCUUCAACAUCUACCCGGUCUCGUCAUGCGUUUCACAGCGCCCCUCGUUUCGCUUGUCGUUGCGGCUUCGUGCCUCGUACUGUCCUCCUCUGCGCUUCCCUCUAGCAAGCCAUCGCAGAAGAAGCAUGCCUCUGACUACCACGUCGACGGCAAGCACCUGCCCGGUGUGCCAUUCGAGGUGCCUGACAGCUACGCGGGGCUGAUGCCCAUCUCGGCCGACCCAAAGGAGACGCGCGAGUUCUUCUUCUGGUGGUACAAGGCCGAGUCGGACGUCGGCAAGGAUGACCUCGUCCUCUGGCUCAAUGGCGGUCCAGGCUGCUCGUCGCUCGAGGGUCUGCUGCAAGAGAAUGGGCCCUUCUUGCUCCCGUUCAACAGCACCGACGUGGUCAAGAACGAGUACAGCUGGACGAAGCUGGCCAACGUCUUUUGGGUCGAGCAGCCCGUCUCGGUCGGCCUCGGAAAGGGCAAGCCGGACAUCAAGAAUGAAAAGGAGCUCGCGGCCGAGUUCUACUCCUUCCUCGUUCAGUUCUACUCGACCUUCCCCGAGCUCAAGGGCAAGAAGCUGUACCUGACGGGCGAGAGCUACGCGGGCAAGUACAUUCCUUACAUCGCCAACGAGAUCUUCUUCAACCACUCUCCCAAGGAAAACAACAAGCACGGCAUCAACUUCCAGGGCAUUUCCAUCAAUGAUCCUUCCUUUGUUCCCGACUUUUUCGGCGAGGAGGUGCCCUCGAUCGAAUACGCCAAGAAGAACCAGCAGGAUAUGCUGCUCAACGAUACGUUCAUCCAGCAGCUCGAGCAGGGCGCCAAGAAGAACGGCAUCUACCAGUACGUGGAGAAGAACCUCGUCUACCCGCCCAAGGGCGCCAUUACGAUCCCCAAGCAGUACAGCGAGAGCUUCCAGCCGUUUGAGCAGAUUGUUGCUGCAGCCCAGCUGGCCAACCCCAACUUCAACAUCUACGACAUCGACCCAAAGUACCGCUACCCGAUCUACGACCCGCUCGGCUACCCUCCGGCCGACGUCGACGCCUCGCCGACAAACUUUAUCAACAACGUCACUGGUUUCAAGCAGGCCAUCCACGCCGACCCAAGCACGACGUGGCUCGAGUGCGUCGACGGCGUCUUCCUCAACGACGAUGACCUCAGCCCGGCGCCGACGGACACCGAAAUCUUCCGCAAGCUCAUUGAGAAGUCGCCCUCGGGCCGGACGAUUGUCCAGCACGGCGAACGCGACUUUGUCCUCAUUGCCAACGGCUCUGCCCUCGGCAUCCAGAACACGACGUGGAACGGCAAGCAAGGGUUCCAGAAGCCGCCGACGAAGCAGCUCGUUUUCAAGGGAAAGGACAAGGGCCUGAUCCAGACCGAGAGGGGCCUCACCUUCUUCAGGCCGACGAGCAGCGGUCACAUGAUUCCGCAGGACGACCCCCAGUCGGCCUACAAGAUGCUCCAGUUCUUCCUGGGCCAGAUCAAAGAGAAGGACCUGUACCACUAGCUGGCUUGACUUCAAAAUUAGUUCAGACGCAAUGCCCGCUACCCAUUGAGCGCUCC